UUGUCCUCCCUCUCCUCCGCUCCAAAAGCAACCAGAAGCUAUUCGCGUUUAGGCUACAGGCGGAGUUUUUGAGAACUGGGAAGAAUUUGACAAACUUUGUUGAUCCCAACGUAGCAUAAACGGACCGCAGCGCUUCGCUGCCAGUCGUUAUAGAGACAUCGAUACUGUGUAUGUCGACUUCAAUUUAAAUAAGUUAGAGUUCCUCUUUUCAUGGAAUAUGAAGAACAACGUCAGGAGGAUGAGAUCUUGACCGAAUAUGCAUGGAUAUUUAUUUUUUAUUUUAUCAAACUUCGCGUUGUCUGUCUUGUUUAAAGCGCGGUUAGGACGGAGCGGUUUUUGCAUAUAUUUUUUUUCUUCCCAUCGUUUUUUAAAAUGAUUGUUGUUUAAUUCAAACGGACAUGGCUAACUGAUAUAAUAUACAUUUUUUGUGACGUGGAAGUUAAUUUGAAUUGAAUAUGAAAACAUAACUUUUCCAUGUAAACCAAUAUUGAGAGUUUUCCACUUCGCCAACUCUCUCGGACCAUUAGUCAAUAACCAAUGUGGUGUCAACUGGAAGGACGCGUGGUCCGGAUCUCACCUAAACGUUGAUACGUGUUGGGAGUGAUGCACUGGCUUCCCCUGGUUGCCAUGGUGAUCGCCUCGGCCCUGCCCUUCCCUCACAGCCCUGUGACCAGUACUGUUGCUGCGAUGACGGAGCCCGGCAGUAGCCUGGACGACCACACAGAGGACAUCGAUGACUCUUCCAGUCACUCCCCCAGAUCUUACUCCACACUUCCAGCUCCUCAGGCCUACAAUGUGGACUACAAGGACUACAAUAACCCCUCCAUAAUUAAAGAGGAGGUGCAAACUUUGAAAGGAAAGCAAAAACAACAAAGUUAUCUGUCAAAAAGCAAUUUUCAUACAGAAAACACGAACAGCGUUGGUUUAAAUAAAUAUUCUAACACUAAUGGAGGAAAACUCAGGAGCACCAAUGGCAGCAGUCAUCAGGACUACCCCUCCCAGGAGAACUAUGUACUAGGGGACUAUAAACCAGACAGCCGCAGAGCUGGUGAUGACAGCAGCUUUAGAGACAUGGCUCAGAAGGAAAACCAUCAUCACUCUCUAGACCCCAGGACCGAUGAACAGGAUCUCAGACCUCCCAACAUGUAUGUGGUGGAAACUUACAAACCUUCCACUAAUGCUGGACACCACAGUAACACUGGGCCAGAUCCCUCCAGUCAGAGGACCCCGCAGAGAGCAGAGGCUAGGACAGAGAGCAGUGAUAACAGGGGAGAGGAGGGGAGGGAGGGUGGGCCUGGGGCAGGGGCUGGGAAAGGUCCGGAUUUGUCAGAGGAAGGAAUGGAAGUAGGACUAGGGUUAGGGCUGGGUCAGGGGCUGGAAGGUGUGAAGGAGAAGCAAGAGCUGCUGUUUUUAGAUGCACACCCGCGGGUCCUUUUCUCUUCCUCUCCUCCAGAGCACCCGCCCCUCCUCCUUAUGCUGGAGUCAGGCAUGUUGCCCAUAGAAGGAGAGGACAAGGAGGAGGAGGAGGAAGUGUCGGACGCAGACGGACACAUGGAGGGUCAUGGGGACCGAGAGACGGACGGGAGUGUGCCGCUGAGCUGGGUGGACACUCUCAGGGGGGCCAGGGAGCCCCCUCGCCCCGCCCCCAGGCACAAGCGCUCGCACUUGUCCCACACCGGGCGGGGUGAGAUGCCGGUGUGCGAGUCGGAGAGUGUGUGGGUAACGGACAAGACGACGGUAUUCGACGAUAGGGGUAAAACAGUCAACAUCGUGCCAGAGAUCAAGACAGUCAAGGGGGCGCUGAAGCAGUACUUCUAUGAGACUCGCUGCCGCCAGGAGGGGCAGCAGAGGGGCGUUGGGCCGCAGCGGGAGGCUGGGGGGGCAGGGGCCUCGGCAGCAGUAACAGGGACAGGACCCGUAGGUGUGUCCGGGGCCAGCUGCCGGGGCGUGGACAUCAGACAGUGGGUGAGUCAGUGUAAGGCCAAGGACACAUAUGUCCGAGCCCUCACUGUUGACAACAACGGUCUGCAGGGCUGGAGGUGGGUCCGCAUCAACUCGUCCUGCGUGUGUGUCCUACUGUCCAGAGUAACCAGGAAAAACAGAGGAAGGGAGUGAGGGCAGGAGAUGGAGGAAAGGUGGAGAGGAUCAUGUGGAAGUAAUGUUAACACAGAUAAUGCUUGGAACAUUGGAUGUAAUGUCAAUUAGACAGUAGGUGUUACUUUAUAGGCCAGGGUGCCUCUUAUCCAGAGCGACUUACAUUAGUGCAUUCUUCUUAUGAUAGCUGCACUCUUACAAAAAAAAGGGUUCCAAACGGGCUCUUUGGCUGUCCCCAUAGGAGAACCCUUUUUGGUUCUAGGUCGAACCCUUUUUGAGGUUCUAUGUAGAACCCUCUGUGGAAAGGGUUCCACAUGGAACUCAAAAGUGUUCUACCUGGAACCAAAAUGGGUUCUUCAACGGGUUCUCCUAUGGGGACAGCCAAAGAACCCUUAGGUUCUAGAUAUCACUUUUUUUUAAAGAGUGUAGGCAAGACAACCCCUCCACCCAUCACGGGCUCAGUGAGAGUGACUACACAAAAACAAUAAAACCUCAACAAUACAACUUAGGGAAAACUAUCAUAUCAAAAUAGUGAUUUAAAUUGCUGAGUAAUACUGUAUGUAAGCAUGAGUUUUAAAUUAAUAUAUUUCUUUAUAUAUGUGUACAAUAUGUGAUCAGUAUGCUUUUAUGUAUGAAAGUAUGUAUAUUUAUAGAGAAAGGUAUGUGGAUUGAUAGGUUUGUUGUUGUUACAUGAUUCCAGUCUCUGGCAUCUGGCCUCUGCUCUGAAUGGGAGAGGAAGAGACUGGCAGCACCUAGUGAUUUAGCCUGAUACUGCUCAACAUUCCAUACUGAGCACUGACCAUCCCCAGUCCUCCUUUGUGAAGUCUCACAGAGAACAUUAUCACUGAGUGCUUUAAUAGUAAGAUAGAGAGGAGAAUUGAGCCAUGUAUACUGUGAGCACAAUGCUGGGUGUCAUCAUGAUGCCCAUACUGUUGUCAUGAGAGCAACAGUCCAUUUACAGUGUAGCCAGUUAUAUGUGAUCAGAACAUUUGAGUGACCAAUAGAAACCAUGCAGCAGUGUGACAACCACAGAAGCAUUUUAUCUCUCCCUGUAGUUAGAUCAUUAGAUGAUUGAAGAAUUCCAUUCGCCUCAGUUUGCAGUUUGAACUCUGCACUCAAUAGUAUAUGCAGUACAACAUAUUUAUACAUUUGGAUUUUUGUAAUACAUGUAUGUAUAUUGUAAAGGCCUGUUUCUUAUUCUAUAAGUAAAAGAUAAACUA